AUGCCCAUCACAUUCCAACCGCCAAUCCCAAUCCUGCGGAUCUUCUCCGUGGCCAAAGCCAACGAGUUCUACGUCGACUACCUCGGCUUCGCCGUCGAUUGGGACCAUCGCUUCGACGACGACGCCGCCCCGCUCUACCGCCAGGUUUCGCGCGCCGGGCUCGUGCUGCACCUGAGUGAGCACCACGGCGACAGUUGCCCCGGCAUGCGCUUACGCGUCACGACUGCGGGCUUGGCCGAGUUCCACGCCGAGCUGGCCGCGAAAGCGUAUCCGUAUAUGCGACCCGGGCUGGAGCCCGGGGUGGUGCCGUUUGGGAACCGGAUUUGUUUUGUCGAGGAGGCGGAGGGAGAGACGGGGGGGAAGGGUCGUGACCGGUGA